AACAACAGACCGUGUCUCGCAAGCACGUUCAAAGGCACCUCUAAUCCGCACCAUGUCGUUCAGGAGCCCUUCCAGGAGUUUCUCCAGCUCAAGUCUGUCUGGCAGCAUGGGGUCAAGGGGCAGUUUGUUUGGGGGCAUUUCCUCAGCCGCCAUAGGGAAUCUGGCAAACACACUGCGUCCGAUCGUGCAGAUCAACAGCAGCACUCUUCCCCCCGUUGAUGAUAAAGAGACCAUGAAGGGUCUGAAUGAUCGUCUGGCAGGGUAUCUGUCAAAAGUGCGACUCCUGGAGGAGUCCAACAAUAAACUGGAGGAGCAAAUCAAAGAAGCUCUGAUGAGGAAAGGAGCUGAGAGCGGCAGAGACUGGAGCGCCUACGAAAAGAUAAUUGCUGAUCUGAGAAACCAGCUCCAGGAAAUGACUUUGGACAAUGCCAGACUUUUCUUACAGAUAGACAAUGCCAGGCUGGCUGCUGAUGAUUUCAAAGUCAAGUUUGAGUCAGAGCAGUCCAUGCGGCAAGGGGUGGAGCAAGAUCUGGCACGACUCCGCAAGAUGCUGGAUGACACUUACAUGGGCCGAAUGCAGCUGGAGAGCCAGAUCGAGUCCAUGAGAGAAGAGCUGGCGUUCCUGAAGAAGAGCCAUGAGGAGGAUGUCGCCAGCCUGAAGAAUCAGAUCAGCGACUCUCAAGUCAAUGUGCAAAUGGAGGCUAAAAACAGUGCAGACCUAAAUGAGACCAUUAAUAACAUCCGCCUGCAGUACGAGCGAGCCGCGCAGAAGAGCCGCGAGGACACUGAAGCUUGGUAUCAAAACAAAUUUGACAACAUCACAGCUGAGGUGACUCAGAACACAGAAGCUCUGCAGGCAGGAAAGACAGAGCUCAAUGAGCUGCGCAGGCAGAAACAAUCUCUAGAAAUUGACCUGCAGGCUCUGCACAACAUGAUUCGAUCGCUCGAAGAUUCACUACGUGAAACUGAGGCACGUUACGCUCACGACGUCAAUGGGUACAACUCUCGAAUCCUCCAGCUGGAGGGAGAGCUGGGACAGGUGCGAGCUCAGGUGGAGCGUCAGGCGGCCGAGUACGAGGCCUUGCUCAACCUCAAGACCAAGCUGGAGGCAGAGAUUGCCACCUAUCACCGCCUUCUGGAGGGUGUUGUUGACAACAAGGAGGACAAAAACAAAGAGGAAUUUUCUUUAGAGCAGGCGUUAUAUGCAGCUCCUCCUCCUCCUUCCGUCGUUCCUAAGAAACCCAUCAUCAUCACACAAGAAAUAGUGGACGGAGAAGUGGUCUCUCAGAGUGAACUUGAGCAAAAUCCUACUAAUCAUAAUGACCUGGAAGUUUCUGGGGAGGAAGAGGAGUUGACAGAACAACUGGAAGCAGUGGUGGAAGAGGUGAAAGCAGAGGAAGAGAAAGUAGCACAACAACUAGAGCUAGCGGUGGAAGAGGUGAAAGCAGAACAACUGGAGUUAGAGGUGGAAAAUGUGAAAGCAGAGGAGGAGGAAGUAGCAGAACAACUAGAGCUAGCGGUGGAAGAGGUGAAAGCAGAACAACUGGAGGUAGAGGUGGAAAACGCGAAAGCAGAGGAAGAGGAAAUAGCAGAACAACUGGAGUUAGGGGUGGAAAACGCGAAAGCAGAGGAAAAGUUAACAAAACAACUGCUGUUAGCAGAGGAAGAUGAGUUCGUGGAAGACAGAGAAGUCACCUGCUGAACACAAUGAGGAGAUGUUGUGAAGAAAAAGUGACUUUUUACUGCUACGUCUCAUUCUAAUCUUCCAGCCCCAGUGAUUCUUCUUCUCUGUCUUUGUUUGCUUCUUCCUGCUCAGUUUUUCUUUGUGAUGACCAUGACUGUUUUAUCAUUCUCCUAUGCCACAAUAAAACAAGUGUGAGUUUCA